AUGUGGAUAAUGAAUGAGGUUAUUUUGACUAAAGGUGGAAAUUUAAAAAAACCAUCUUACAAACUCAUAUGCAAAUGGAUUCUUCAAGCUUGGGAAGAGAUACCAAGUCAAAUGGUUAUAAAAUCUUUUCUAAAGUGUGGCAUUUCCAAUGCUGAUGAUGGCUUACAAGAUCAUUUUCUAUAUGAAUCGGAUGAAUCGGAUGAGGAACAAAAAAGAGAAGAAAAAGUAGUACAUUUAGAUGAUGAAUCGGCAACAGAAAUAGAAUUCAAUAAUAAUGAAGAUAAUUCAAGAAACAUGGCACCAUUCGGAAUGGUUCAGCAAUUUGAAUAUUUCGUGACAACAGGUAUGGUUUUUAGGUCUAGAUUCGGGAAACAUGACACUGUUCAGAAUAGUUUCAGCGAUCUAAAUAUUUCGUGGCAACAGAUACGGGUUCUUCAAUUCUUGAUUGACGCUGAGGCGGGAUCUAGAUUUGGGAAACAUGGUACCAUUGAAAUAGUUUCAGCAAUCUGUCAAUAUUUCGUGGCAACAGGUCUAGAUCCGGGAAACAUGGCAUUGUCGGAAUGGUUUUAG